AUGAAUAUUUUGUAUGAAGCGGCUGUUCAGGAAGAAGAUCGAAAUGGACCAGAGGUGCAGUCAGCGGAUGCCUCGAGGUGCAUUCCGCGAAGUCUAAACGACACCGACUCGCUUCGGCUGUGGAAUGCGUGUCGCUUUGUCAAGAUGGGCUGGUUCUCUGCGUAUGAGGCCAUAUAUUUCGUUGACCUCUUUUUUACAAACAUGAACCCACUUUCCCCUAUCUUGACGGACUUUUUCGCAUCGCAUAAGAAUCAAUUUUAUUUGGUCACCCAAGAGCCAAUGUUAUGCUGCACGAUCCUGAUGAUCUCUUCUCGUCAUCAUACUCUGCCGGGAGUUGCUGGUGACUCGCGCACAUUCUUUAUCCACCAUCGGUUAUGGCAGCACUGUCAACACCUGUUAAUGCGAUUAGUGUUAGGCCAGGAGAAAUUGUCCAAAGGGAAAACUCGUAUUGUUGGAACCGUUGAAGCACUACUCUUGAUGUCGGAAUGGUACCCCCGUCAACUACAAUUUCCGCCCGACACGGACGGCUGGGACUCUGAUUUUCUUAUGACAAAUCUGGAUGGGAGAGAUCCCCCGAUUCCUGAGAAGGAUAUACCCGUCUCCGAUAGAUGGAGAGAAGAUGUUGUUGAGCCCACAAAACGUUUUGAACGCAUGUCGUGGAUGGUUCUGAGCUCUGCGUUGGCACUUUCCCAUGAACUGGGUGCCUUUGAAACUCAUCACCUAGCCAGACCAGAUGACUUGGUGGGAGAGGAUGCAGAAAAGUAUAUGAAUCAUCUUGAGCUACGCCGUCGGCGCCUACCAAGUUUACUUUUCAUAUUCAUUAAUGCAUUAUCAUGUCGCAUCGGAUGUACAUCGCCCAUGGCUUCCGACACAGGUAUACCACCAUUAAGCCUUGCAUCUCUUCGACCGGUCGAGAACGGUCGGCAGUGGCUGUUCUUUAUCAACUCGUGGAUGGAACUUACGAAGCUUACGAUGUCAAUAACUGACAAAUUAUUCUUCCUAAUGAGCACAUCGUUGGCCAACAGUUCAACUCAAACAUUUCUUGACAUAUUAGAGGAGAAGCAACUGUUGCUUGCUGAUUGGCACGAGAGAAAUUCUUCGUUAAUUGCUCCUGAAGUCCCGUUCAGCGAUAUCCUAUUCGCUGAAUAUCAACAUCUCCGAAUUCUCGUCAACUCGGUUGGAAUGCAGCUGGUCGUCCAACGCGUUUUAUCUCAAAGUGGUCUACAAAGUGAGACCACUAUAGAUCGCUUUUUUAUUGAACGCGCCCGACAACUCAACAUGACAACGCAAGAAUAUGGAUUUAUUGAAGAGGUCUUUGAUGGUUGUCGUCAGUCUCUCGAAAGGGUAGUCAGUCUGGGCAACAAAAACAUACUAUACUUCUCUCCGAUGAGAAUACUAUUUCGCACAAUCAGCUCCUCUAUAUUCAUGAUAAAAGCACUGGCUCUCGGUGCCCGAAAUAGCAAGCUGCGUGAAGCACUGCAGAUUCUUGACCAGGUCAUCAUUGCACUUGAGGAUAAGAACCACGACGAUGUUCAUUUGAAAUUUCAGUACGCAACUCUUUUGAAAGCCCAGGUCAAACGUCUCCGUGACAGCCUUGUUUCAUCCCAAGGAGUGAGUAGUACCAAUGAGAACUAUCCUCUUAAUGCAAACCUCGAGCGGCAGACUUUUGAGGAACAGCAUCCCACGGAUCAAUCAUUUGGAGGAGAAAAUCAAGAGUCUUUCGGGUUUCAAAUGAGUCAGAUGGAUCAGUUGAACAUCAAUGAAUGGCUAUUUUUACCAUUCGAUGCAUCGAUGGCACCAUUUGGGCCUAGUGAAUGGGAUGCUGGGGCCAGAUUAGAUGGCGUUGACUUGGACCUAGAUUUUCUUUGGCAAAUUCCCUCGUGA